ACUUGAAGCUUUCUCCUUUCUCUGCCAUGGCGAAACCGGUGUCCAUUGAAGUGUAUAAUCCUAAUGGGAAAUACAGAGUUGUUAGCACAAAACCGAUGCCGGGUACUCGCUGGAUCAAUCUCUUGGUAGACCAAGGUUGUCGCGUUGAGAUAUGUCAUUUGAAGAAGACGAUCUUGUCUGUAGAAGAUAUCAUUGAUCUGAUCGGAGACAAGUGUGAUGGAGUCAUUGGUCAGUUGACGGAAGAUUGGGGAGAGACUCUGUUUUCAGCUCUGAGCAAAGCUGGAGGGAAAGCUUUUAGUAACAUGGCCGUUGGUUACAACAACGUCGAUGUUGAAGCUGCCAAUAAGUAUGGAAUUGCCGUCGGUAACACUCCGGGAGUGUUGACUGAGACGACGGCCGAACUAGCUGCAUCUCUUUCCCUGGCUGCUGCAAGAAGGAUUGUUGAAGCGGACGAAUUCAUGAGAGGUGGCUUGUACGAGGGAUGGCUUCCUCAUCUGUUUGUGGGGAACUUACUUAAAGGACAAACUGUUGGAGUUAUUGGAGCUGGACGUAUUGGAUCUGCUUAUGCUAGAAUGAUGGUGGAAGGGUUCAAGAUGAAUUUGAUCUACUUUGAUCUUUACCAAUCCACUCGUCUUGAGAAAUUUGUGACAGCAUAUGGACAAUUCUUGAAAGCAAACGGUGAACAACCUGUGACAUGGAAGCGAGCUUCGUCCAUGGAGGAGGUGCUACGCGAGGCUGAUCUGAUAAGUCUUCACCCGGUGCUGGACAAAACCACUUACCAUCUUGUCAACAAGGAGAGGCUUGCCAUGAUGAAAAAGGAAGCAAUCCUUGUGAACUGCAGCAGAGGUCCUGUGAUUGAUGAGGCAGCUCUGGUCGAACAUCUCAAAGAGAACCCGAUGUUCCGAGUUGGUCUCGAUGUGUUUGAGGAAGAGCCAUUCAUGAAACCAGGGCUUGCUGAUAUGAAAAACGCUAUUGUUGUUCCUCACAUUGCUUCUGCUUCCAAGUGGACUCGUGAAGGAAUGGCUACACUUGCAGCUCUCAACGUCCUCGGAAGAGUCAAAGGGUACCCAAUUUGGCAUGACCCGAACCGAGUCGAUCCAUUCUUGAACGAAAACGCUUCACCGCCCAAUGCCAGUCCAAGCAUCGUCAACUCAAAAGCCUUAGGAUUGCCUGUUUCGAAGCUAUGAGUUAAGUAUAAAGAAGGGGAGAUUUGGAAGAAUCGUUUCAGUGAAUAUAUGAUGGUGUCAAGUUGUGUUUAUGUAAUGUAUAUGCAACAACCAUGUUGGAUCAUAUAAAUCACUCUUUUAAAGUGUUAUAUUGUUGAUGAGUCUAUUACCCACUUUCUUUAUUUCAUAAAAUUUGCUAUGAGUA